AUGGCGCAGGUGCAGACGACCGCCCAAGUGGUCACCACAGCGGUCAUAUCCCAAGUCAACCCAGCCCAAGCCACCAGCCAAGUCACAAGCCAAACACCAACUCCGCCCGCUGGGUCCACCACCCCAGCUGCCAGCCAGCCUGUAUCCACCGCGUCGCCAGUGCCGACCACGUCUCGCAAUACGCUCUUGGAAGGGAUAGUCGCGACGCAGAACAACAGCAGUAGCUCAAGUUCAACCUCUGCGACCAGCUCAUCUGUGUCGUCUGUGUUGUCUGUGUUGUCGGCAUCGUCUGUGUCGCAAUCCCACAGCAAGAUCCGGCACAUCACUUCCUUUGGCACCGCGUUCCCUAAACCGACCCAUGGUACAGAACCCGAUGACACGAAUGGACGGGGGUAUGUCUUUAUGAACAACAAGUUGGGUGAUAACAGUGCGUACCACUAG